AUGCCACUUUCAACUGUUCCGAACGGCAGCAGCGGUGCAUAUGGCAACAUCCGCGCAAAGCGACCCCUCCAUACGGGGAAGGCCCUGCCCGCGAAAGCGCAGCGGUUAGAGACGCCAACAGCAACUCAGGCACCAUGCAUCGGAGCUGCUUCGGGGGUUCCUGCAAUCACGGAAGUUUUUGCGGUACUGUACACAAAGAAGGAACUGCUCAGCAAGAAAAAGGCAAGCAAAAAGUUUGCGGAUGGCAUCAUCACAGUUUUCGGCGACGGCAGCGCCAUUCUGUACGACCAGGAUAGCAAAAUAGUCACCAAGGGCCGUUUCAAGCGCUUUGGCAGCCUGGAAAACGGCGACCAGGUGCUCGAGAUUGGCAACUGGCAUGCGGAGGUAGACAAGGAGCUGACGUCCGAGGAUUUCAGGCGGUGGGAUGGCGGCCGGGGUCGGCUGCGUGACGGACGGCCUGUGGUGCCAGUGGUCAUCGAUCCCUACCUUGGCCGCCACCUGCGGCCCCAUCAGCAGGAGGGCGUGCGGUUCAUGUACGAGGCGGUCAUGGGCCUGACCAGUCCCGACAGGACGGGCUGCAUCUUGGCGGACGAGAUGGGCCUGGGCAAGACACUUCAAGUGAUAACUCUGGCAUGGACGCUCCUGCGGCAAGGCCCAGAGGGCAGGCCUUUGGCGGCCAAGGUGCUGGUCGUGGCGCCCGCAACGCUUGUCGACAACUGGGGACGCGAGGUCAAAAAGUGGCUCGGCUCGGAGCGCCUGCAGUUGUGCCUCUACCUGCCCUGCCUUUCUUUGCACUGCUACGGCACCGUCACCGGGCAAACCUACCUACAGACGCUGUGCCUGCAGCAGGCCUCGGCCGCCAAGCAGCACUACGAGACGCUCCGAAAGCAUGCCGGCGAUUUGAAGGGUGCCUUCGACCUGCUCGUGUGCGACGAGGGCCACAGGCUGAAAUCUGUUGGCGGCAACAAGACGAUCGAUGCGCUGCUCAGCCUGGACUGCCCUCGCCGGAUCCUGUUGACUGGCACACCGGUGCAAAACGACCUGAAGGAGUUUUAUGCGCUCCUCUCCUUCGUAGUCCCGGACGUGUUGGGAACGCCCGCCGUGUUCAACCGCGUGUACGGCAUACCCAUCACCCGGUCCCAGGAGGCCACUGCAACGGCCGAGGAGAAGGAGCUGGGUGCGGGAAGGGCCAGUGAGCUGCAAUCAAAGGUGGCAGUCUUCAUCCUCCGCCGUACACAGGCGCUGCUGGCAAAGCACCUGCCGCCCCUCACAUCGCUCACGCUUUUCUGCAAGCCCAGCGACCAGCAAAUCGGCCUGUAUAGCGCCGUACUGCGAUCCAAGGCUGUAGCAUCGCUGCUUUACGGCGGCGGUGGGGGAGAGGACAACACGCUUGCCGUGAUCACCGCGCUGCGGAAGGUGGCCAAUCACCCGGACCUGCUGCUGGACCCCAGCGGAGAUGCUGGGGAGGCGACGGCGGAGGGCGCAAACACGGGUCGCACGUGCUCCUCCAGUUGCCUUCCAAGCUUCAGCAAGCAGUUCACAGCAACCGGGUCGCAUCAAGCCGCUGGGAAAAUGCAGGUGCUGUCACUGCUGCUAUCUGCGAUUGCGGCGCGAGGUGAGCGGUGUGUGGUGGUGUCCACCAGCACCGCCACUCUGGACCUGGUGGGCCAGCUGGUGUGCAAGGCGCAAGGGCUGACGACCGUUCGCAUCGACGGCGGCACGAGUGUCGAGGGCCGCCAGACCGUUGUAGAUAACUUCAACAAGCUGGGAAUGGGGCAGGUAUUUCUGUUGUCCACACGGGCCGGAGGCGCCGGGCUCAACCUGGUGGGCGCCUGCCACUUGGUGCUGUACGACAGUGAUUGGAAUCCCGCGAUGGACCAGCAGGCGAUGGCACGCAUUUGGCGUGACGGUCAGACCAAACCCUGCUUCGUGUAUCGCCUCCUCACGACUGGAACCAUUGAGGAGAAGGUGUAUCAGCGCCAGCUCAUGAAGGCGGACCUGGCCAGCGCCACUGUGACUGGGGGUUCCGGAGCGGCGGGCGGCAGCAAGGGGGGUGGCAAAUUUACCCGUGAGGAGCUGCGUCAGCUGUUCAGCCUCAACACCGCCACCGCGUCCGACACGCGGGACCUGCUGCCGCAGGGCAAGGUGGCUGGACUGCGGUGGAAGGAGCCGGAGGAGGUCAUGGAGGAUGGCAGUCCGCUUGCGGCCGUGGCGGCCAGCGGGCUGGUGACCUGUUUGAACCAAAUGGAGCCGACCGCCGUGUCCGAGAUGGCUAGGGACGGGGCAGCAGCCGGGGGCAGCCCGGCCGGGCAUCACCCCCUUGAGGAAGGGGACGCGCCGCCGGCGCAUGGGGGAAUUUCUGUCGGCAAUGAUAGUGCCGAUGGCGAUGCGGGAGAGCGCGACGAGUCGGCCGGCGUUGCGGCCGGGGAUGAUUUGGGCAGCAAGGGUGAUGACAUUCGGAGCCCUUCCCGGGUCGAUGCGGCUGGGGAUGGGGUUGUGGAGGGAGCUCGGUCAGGGACACAAAGGGAUGAUGCGGGCUGCUUGGACGUUUUGGAGGACUGGUAG